AUGGCGUGGUACAGGGUCGAAGUGGCUGUUCGAAAUUGCAGAAGCUACGACGUGGGGGAGUGUGUCGUCUCCGACUGGGUGGGUUGCGACGGCUCGUUUCAGAUGUGUUUGCGUGUAUAUCCGCAAGGCAUUGAGGAACGAGACUAUGAGAGCAUGAGUGCGUACCUUCAGAUAGCACCUGACAGAGAAGACGACGAGAGAACAGAUUGGUCGUGCCCCGAUCUUGAGUUUGAGAUCGCAGCCAUACGGCAAAGCAGCAGCACUCGCAAGGAGUGUCGUGCUAGAUUCCUUGACGUGCAUACAUUCACCAGAGAGUUUGAUAACUUUGGAUGGCCAGACUUUCUGCGAUUGUCGCGUCUCGACGAUGAAACCGGCUGGUUGAAUGAGAAUGGGGAGAUUGUCAUAGAAGCGUCUGCGAAAUUGCCACUGCCUGGUUCAUCUGCUCGCCCAACCUUUUAUGCUGAAGCCCCUGUCUCUUCUGUAGAUUUGACGCAAGAGCCUUCCUUUGUGACAUUCCACCUACGCGAUUCGCCACCCCUGCAUUUCGACAAGCGCGUGCUUAUGGCCCGCUCCGAGCACUUCAGGCAGAUGAUGUCGGAAGCGCGCUGGAAGGAAGGACGGACGAAUGAAAUCGAUUUGACCUCUGAUCCACAAGUGGACAACCGCUCUUUGAGCUCGGUCCUUGCAUUCCUGAUGUCCAAUUGCUUCGAUGCACACGGCGAUACAGGGUUGGCAUUUUCGGUUCGGGGCCUUGCUGACCGCUGGGGCCUGCCUGGGCUGGUGGACAAGGCGGAGAGCGAGCUGGUGGGCCUACUGUGCGCUGACAAUGCCUUGUCUUUCUUCGGGCAGGUCAUCGGCACCCACGGUCGCCUGGAGCACGCCUGUCUUAGCAUGAUCCAAGCCAGGGACUGUGAACUCCUGGCGCAACAGCGUGACAGGCUCGAUGGGAUCAUUCUGGAGGACCCGUACAGCACCUUGAUGCGACAGGAAAAGCAUGAGUUGCCAGAGCACGGGAAGAAGCUGAAGGAGUGGUUGAUAUGGUACGGUAAGGAAAUGCUGACGGAUUUCUUUGGAGGCCUUGGUCCUGGUCUUCCGGUUGCUGGCCCCUCCCGCUUUCAGGUGCCGUCUGUUUGCCGUGAUGGUGAUGCGAUCACGUCCAUCAAGUGGUGGGCCAGGGAGUCGCAACCUGCUGGAGAAGCCAUGGACGCGAAUGAGGCAUCCUGCAGCAGCAUUCGGCUCAUAAGGCAUCACUUGAUCGUCGGCUCCCUAUCUGGUUGCCUUGCGAUCGUGGAUGUUGCCAGUCAGACGGAAGUCCGGCAUUUCAAUUUGGCUCCCAUCGUAGGGCUCCAGCUCUGCAAAUACCACUGUCAAGAGUGGCUGCUGAUCGAGACCACUGCGGAGCCUAAGCACUGGAAGCUUCUCCUGGCCACCACGAUCGAGAGGCCUGCCUGGAAAAGCAACGACGGAGCGGAGCCGCGGAAACUGGAGUGGAGCAUUACCGAGGGCCAGGCGCUCCCAACCUCUUCCAGCGAGCACUUCGAGCUCGAGCCCUUGACUGGAAUGCCGACGCUGUACAUGCUCCUGGUUGUGAAGCGGGGGCGAAGUGAAGCGGUGCUGGAACGCGAGAACGAAGUCUUGGGAAUGCUCGUGGAUGAGGCAGAUCCUGCAGAUGGUGGAGACCACCAACUGAGCAUGCUGCUUUCAUUGCCGUCCUUCCCGGAGGAUCCACUGGCUCGUGUGGAUUUGCCGAUCAGUGCAGCCCCACCUAGCGCAGCAGGCCGGAGGCUGGUGGAUCUAGUGCUUAUUCUCGGCGGUGGCCUGUUCCUGUCGGUUCUCCACUUGGGCGGAGCCGAAUCGAAGAGCCUUGUGCUGCUGACGACGGCUAAGCCACAGCCGUACUUUGCAGCCCGCAGCGGGCCCGUCAACAUUGUCGUGCAAGAGUUGGAGGUUCCCGGCCGCAUCGUCGGCGCCUCCUCGGCAUAUCCCUCCUGGUCCGGUGAGGAUGGGAGGGAAACAACGUUGGCCUUCAUGUGGACCAUGAACGAAGUUUUCCGGCUGUCUGCUUCGCCGGAGAAGGUUUGUGAAAUCCUGCAGUCGGAGUCGGUGGCGGCGCUGCCCAUGCUGACACAAGAAGCUGAUGCUGCGGAACCUCCGGAGAUUCAGGAAGGCAUUCCGCAUGAAGUGCCUCGGAUGGACCUUGAAGCUGUGCUUCCGCUGCUGUGCUGGGCCUUAGAUGUGGACAUUGACGCGCUGCUACUUGAUGCAGGGCGGAAGGUGCUGUCCGGCAGGUGGGAAGAAAUCGGUGCAAAAGAAGUUCGUUCGGCACUGGCCCUGUGGGGACGUCGCUCGAGCACAGGGGUGCCCUUGCGAGUGCUGCUGGAGUGCUUCAGCGACCUGGGGCAGCACACCGGGACGAUGCAAGAGGUGGCUCCUGGCAUCCUGCAGGUGCUGAUGCCACACUGGCCGCAGGUGGCGGGGCGCCUUGCGGCGCUCCAUGGCAUGUCAGGACGUGAUUGGGACGAGGAGGGAGCUGAGUCCGGACAUCCGCCCGCCGGACUCUCGGAUGUCGCUGGCUUCCUGUCCCUGGUGGUGAUGCUGCUGGUCGUUCUGCACUGCCGCGCUUUUCGUGACGGGCCCACCGAGUACAAGCGAGGCCCUCGCAGCCCCAAGUCGACGGGUCCAAGGGACAUGCGCGGAGUGGCGUGGCAGACGUGGGUGCAUGAUCACGUGACAUUGAUUGUCAGUGGUGCGCGUGGGAAACCACCAGUAAGCUUUGCAGAGCUGGCGGACGAGGUCCAGCAGGCUUUCGAUGCAUGGUGGCUGGCGCAACUGCGCGAGGUCCGGGCGCCCUCAGCCUCCGAGCCAGUGGAGUCCAGUCCACGUGCUCCCCCGCUUGCGCCGCCUCAUCCUGCACGUGAGGCUCGCAUACUUCGAGGCUGCUGGACGGCCCGGCUGCUAUUGCUUAGCCAGAUGGCUGCCCAAGGGCCACUGCAAGACAGCUUCUGUUCACAGUCCUGGGCAGCAGGGCUCCUGCACUUCGGGGACAGCCGGCUGACGCAGGGCCUCCUGGCACUGUUGCUACGUGGAGCCACGGUGGCGACUAGCUCAGAGGAAGGCGAACUUCGAACUCUGGACCUGGCCCCGUCCCCGCGUUUGGCCCUGGGCUUGGCAUUUACGCUUCUGAAGAGGAGCAGGGAAGUCCCUUCUACCCGGGCCAAGCUGGUCUAUUCGGUUCUGUCGGCGUUGCUGGAGACCUGCCAUGCAGACGAGAUCGAAGGCUGGAGUGGUGGCCGAGGCCGAGGUGCCGAUGCCAAGUUGGUGGGGCAGCUUUCGGGGCCAAAAGCUGUGCUGGACCGCUUCUUCCCAGGGGAUCUCGAGGCGGACGAGGCCGAGGACGGCUCCGAGGGCUCAUGGAAGCAAUGGCUUCGGCUUUUUCUCUGCAUUGCUGACCUUGCCCAGGGCAGGUGUGUUGAGUGCAACACCCUUUGGGCCUGGGAGUUUGAAGGUUGUCCGCGGUCGGUUGAAUUCAGCGAUCCCUUGGCAGAUGGAGGGCAGGCACUGGCCGGCAUGGAGAUGCAGGCUACCAUCAUAUGCUGUCCUCUGGCCAAUUGGCUGAUGCAGAACUCUCCCACUUUCACCUCGGCAUCACGCGCGGAGGGGCCAGUAGAUGUGGAGGCCACGGAACCCGAGCACCGAAACUCCGGCAGCUCCUUUUUGGCUGUUGAGCCGGAGAGCUUUUUGGAGGUGUUGAAGCACGGUACUCAGUGGGAGGUGGGCGAGGACCCCACGCCGCAACAGCUUGGACAAACAGAGUGGUGGCCCACGAUGGAGGCACAGAAGCCAGAGGCGAUCCCAAUGCUACUUCUGGCCAUCCUGGCUACUCAGCGACCCUGGGCGCUGGCGGAGCAAGGGCUGCAGAAGAAUAACCUCGAGGCUUCCUCCAAAAGCUUCCAGGGGCAAGCCGAGAUCCUGGCCAAAGACAUCGAUCAAUCCAAGCGACAGGUGCUGGAAUUGAAAAGCUCUUUGGCGGGGCGGAAGGCUGUUCUGGAAGAGAAGGAGAAGUCAUUGAAGAUGGAGGAAACAGUUCGUGUGGAGAAGGAGAUGGUGCAGCGAGAGCAGCUGUCAGCCGAGCUGGACCAGACCCGAACGAGCUUAGCCGAAGCAAAGGCCGCCCUGGAGGUCUCCAAGCGACGCUUUGACGAAGUGGAGGAAAAGGGUCGAGAGACCACGAAGCGCCUGGAGAUGGCACGAGAAGAGUUACAUGGGCUUCGCGCAGAGGCCGAACCUGAGCCAAAGAUUUCGAUUCUGUUGGACCCUGCAAAUGACUUCAACAUCAGAAUAAGGCACUCAAGGGUAAAGGGAGCGCAGCGUUCGAGACCAGAAGGGCCUACCCAGAGUCCUGUCUACAGUAGGGCUUCAUCCGAGUGCUGUAGAGUAAACGUACGUGCUAGAAGUACUAGAAGUUCGCUCGUUGGCCUGCCAAUCGUGUUUCCAGCCUUGUGCUUGUACCAGGCAUGUUUUUAA